AUGACUAUUGCAGAUCGGUUACAUGGUAUGAAUAAUGUUAUAGGACAAAAACUAUCAAAUACAACUCCACCAAUCGCUGAUUUUAAUGCUAGCGAUGAGGAGAGUUGGUUGUUUGAGGAAUUGAGUCGUGACGAAGCAAUAAGUACAUUACAAAAUCAACCGGAUGGUACAUUUCUUGUACGUCCGAGUAGUACAAUAAAAGGCGAUCUUGUUCUUUGUGUAAAAGAAGGUACAAAAGUUAGUCAUUAUAUAAUAAAUGUAUGUGAAGAAGAUUCAAAAUCAAUAUAUAAAAUAGGUGAUAAAACAUUCUCAAAUAUGAAAGAUCUUUUAAAUUUUUAUAAACAACGAUUACUUGAUACAUCACCACUUGUUAGAAUUUAUCCUAAACCUCGUGUACGAACAAAAUAUAAAUUUGAUGGCAAAGAUGAAGAAGAUUUACCUUUUAAAAAAGGACAAAUAUUAAUGAUUAUUAAAAAAGUUGAACCAUUAUGGUGGUUAGCAAGAAAUAGCGUCGGAGAUAAAGGCAUGAUUCCAGCUAAUUAUGUUGAAUAUAUUCGAGAUGAUAUUUAA